UGAAGGAGGAAGUUAGUGGUAGCAGCACCAUGCCCACCAUAAUGUCUUACGCUUGGAUGGUCGGUAAUACAGGUUGAAUGGCUGAAAAAUGACAGCUUUUUUAAUAAUACAUUUGAAUACAGACAUUUACGCUUGGUUUCUAGGUACAUUUUACCUAGUGAAAUAAUAGUAAAAAUGCAGCUUUAUUGAGGGCUUGCUGUGUGCCAGGCACUGUUUUAAAUAUUUUCCAAGUGUGAUCAUAUUAGUCUUCAUAACGGUUCCAUGAGGUGGAUCCCACCAUCAUCAUGCCCAUGUUACACAGGAUAACAGGAGAACAGAGAGGUCACACAAGGUCACACAGCUAUUAGGUAUUGUUGUUAGGUACCAUUGAGUCAGUCCUGACUCAUGGCGGCCCUUUGUACAACAGAACAAAACACUGCCCGGUCCUGUGCCAUCCUCACAAUCAUUGUUACAUUUGAGCCCAUUGUUGCAGCCACUGUGUCAAUCCGUCUCAUUGAGGGUCUUCCUCUUUUUCACUGCCCUUUACUUAACCAAGCAUGGUGUCCUUCUCCGGGGACUGAUCCUUCUGGAUAACAUGUCCAAAGUAUGUGAGACUUGGUCUCACCAUCUUUGCUUCUAAGGAGCAUUCUGGUUGUAUUUCUUCCAGGACAGAUUAGGUCGUUCUUUUGUAGACCUGGGAUUAAUGCCCACGCUCAGGACCACUGUCCAUGUUGUGUAAAAUAUGCUGACAGAUGCCAUUUACCAGCCCCCAAUCUUCUGCAUCGUGCAAGUAUCAUAUCCUGUGUUCAAAAGAUAUCAUCUCCUAACUGUUACAUAUCAACCCUGUAGAGAAAGAUGGGGGUUGUGGUAGCUGCAAUAGGGCUUUGCAAAAAUUAGAUAUUUCUCCUGGCCCUGGUAAGUAGCGGAAGGAAUUGUUCAGACAGUGACCUCUUGCUUUCCUUCUUUCCUCUCGGUGCUGAAGGCACUGGAGAGAGGCAGGACCCAGGGUUUUAGAAGCAGAUGCAGGAUUCCAAGGCUUGUUCCAAGAGAAUUGCAAGAGUUUUGUAUGUCCAGAGGCGCCCUUGCCCAGACUCCAGGACAGCUUCCAGAUUAAUUAGAAUUCUUCGAAAUGUCAGGUGUAGUCCCCACAGCUCCUGAACAACCAGCCAGUGAAAUGGAAAAUCAAAUAAAGUCGCAAGAUCCAAGACCUGAUGCCGUCCCAGACUAUAAUUCCCAUUUUGUUCCAGGGCCCCCUGGACCAGCUUCCUUUCCACCUGCAGGCUAUCAAGGAGGCUUGCCUCUGGGAUACUACAGUCCACAGCAUCCCAGUACCUUCCCUAUGUAUCAGCCAACUGGUCGUACCCAGCCUAUUCAGUAUCAGCCUGGCAAAUAUCCUGUGCCAAAUCAGUAUGUCCCAGUAACAUGGAUGCCAGUGCCAACUCCUAUGCCAAACUGCCCACCUGGUCUGGAAUGUUUAGCUCAGUUGGACAACAUACAUGUUCUCCAGCAUUUUGAACCUCUGGAAAUGGUAACAGAUUUUGAAACUAAUAACAGAUACGACGUUAAAAACAACUCGGACCAGAUGGUUUACAUUGUAAGUGAAGAUACGGACGACUUCGCCAGGAAUGCUUAUCGGACACUGAGGCCCUUCGUCCUCCGGGUCACAGACUGUAUGGGCAGAGAAAUCAUGACGAUGCAGAGGCCCUACAGGUGCACCUGCUGUUGCUUCUGUUGUCCCUCAGCCAGGCAAGAGCUGGAGGUACAGUGUCCUCCUGGCGUAUCCAUUGGCUAUGUUGCAGAGCACUGGAACCUGUGCAGGGCCGUUUACAGCAUCCAAAAUGAGAAGAAAGAGAAUGUGAUGGGAGUGCUUGGGCCGUGCGCAACCUAUGGCUGUGGUUCUGAUUCUGUUUUUGAGAUCACAUCCCUCGAUGGUAUGUUUACCCUCGGUGAUAUUACUAGGAAGUGGAACGGUUUGUUAUCAGCCAUGGCAGAUGCUGACCACUUUGACAUUCACUUCCCGUUAGACCUGGAUGUAAAGAUGAAAGCCAUGAUCUUCGGAGCCUGCUUCCUCAUUGACUUCAUGUAUUUUGAAAGAUCUCCAACACAAAAUUCAGGAAGCUAGAGGGACACAGUCAAUCAACAAUUGUCGUCAAUUAAAAAGAUUUUUUUUAGUUGGAUCGGGCCUACAGUCAACCCUCGGUGAUUUGCAAGUAUACUUCUCCGCUUUGCAGAUUAUUUUAUGAGGUGUUAGCUUUGACAGGUAGGCUGAGAGUAUGGGUGCAAGAACACAAAAUAAAUAUGCGUUUCAACUGAGAUCUGUCUACUUGGUGGACAGGCGUUCACCCUGAAAAAGCUCCAAGUCAUUAACUAAGGAAACAAAGACACAAUAGGCUUGAGAACACUGUCAACAUGAGAUCAGGGAAAAUGAGUUCCAGAGCUCUUAUAUGUUGGCUUUUUAGAGCCUCUUUGUUGGAAUAGAGGAAAGUGGUUUCCAUCUCCAGCUUUCUCCUACCCUCUCCUCUCAGUCAGUACGACCUGUCACUGAAGACAAGCUCGAUCCAGGUGAGAAGAACCAUACUCUUCAUCUUUAAAAACAUGAAGGAAGACAGAAAUUUUAUUUUAUUGUACACGGAACAUUUUACUUGUGUUCCUAUAUCAAAACCCCUUUGCAAAGUUUACCAACUUUGAUUGUAUUACAAAAUAAAACAUGGAUUAUUUUUUAUCCUAAGAUUUAUAUUUUCCAUGCACAUUCCCUCAUUCAUUAUCAAGGACAAUCAGGAGCUGUCUAUAUAUGGAAACAGGAUCAGACUAUCAGGAAAAGAGCUGACCAUACUCUAGCAAAAUCUCUGAGCAGUUAGGGACCUCAGGGCCCUUCUAAGAAGCUUGCAUUUAAUAUAUUUAACUUCUCUUGAUCACUGAUGCCUUACAUAUAAAAUAAGAAGUUUGGACUAAUCUCUAAGACUGCCUGUGUCUUCUUUGUCUCUCAUUUGAUAAUGACACAGAGAAGGAGAUAACAGUCGUAUUUUUUUUUUUCAAGAAGAACCUUGGUUAUUACGGUGCGUUCUGAUGGCAAGAGUUGGAGUUUCGUUUUUCAAAUUUUUAAUGUGGCAUUUUGUGUAGCACUUUAUAAAAUUGAAAACUACAAAUUCUGACAUUGCUUCACCGCUUUUUGUUUACAUAAUGGAGAAAUCUGUAUCUGUCCCAAGAAGAAAACAAAACAGAGCAGUCAUACUAUUGCUCCAUGAUCCCGGGCUUAUCGAUCAAGAUUAUAUAGGAUCUAUACAGUGCCAAAUAACCUUACCAGUUGUAAUUGUUUGUAUUAACUACAAGCAUAGUGUAUAUGAAGUGAAUAUAUUCCAAUUAACUGACCUUUGUUGCACUUUAGCUUCCUAUCUGGACUUGGGCUGUGUUCUUUCUCAACACAGCCAAUAUGUGGAAUAGAAAUAUAUUCUUCUGCUCGGUGUUAAACUAAAACAGCCUGAGUGUUGUGUGCUGCGGUUUUUCAGAGAUGGGGGCUUAGCCCAGAAUUCUUUUUGAAAUGAAAGAAAGAUGCCUCAUUCUUGAGUUAUAUUCAACCUUUCAUGGUAAAAGUUGUCUUCAUGGUAAAAGUUUCUUGUAACUUUCAUUUUUAUAAGCUACUAACUUAAAAAAAAAUUAAAGCUGUUGCUUUCUAAAACAGUAAUUUUUCUGCCUUAUAUUUGUAAAUGGAAUUGCAGUCUUGAACAGACACAUAUAUUGUUUGCUGUAAUGACAUAUGAUAUUUUAUAUAGAAAAUAAGGCAAGCAGUAUUCAAAAAGCUUAGCUACAUAAACUUUUCGUUUUUACUUUCUUGCAUUCCAUAGAUUCAAAGACCUGCUGCAUAAUACUAAAAAUAUAUAUAUUUAGCAUAAGACGUAACAUUUCGAAUUUCUGCUUAAAGUUUUUGUGGUAUUAACAUGUCUUUUACAGUGACAUUUUUCUAUUUCUUUACAAAAAAAAUACCAGGUAGUAUGUAUUUUUAUACUAUACUUCAUAUUAUAAUUCCUAUAUUUCUCAAUGGUAUUUCAGUGUAUAGAAUGGAUCAGACUGAUGUAAACCAAGGGGAAACUAUUUUCUGAAACUUGAGUGUUUUCAUGUUUCGUCAUAUUGUUUUUAAAUAAAUACAAUACCGGUUAAUAGUAAAGUACUGCGUCAUUUUUUGACUUGCAGUUGAAUCUUUGAAUACGUUUUAUCACAGGGGUUUUGGAAGUAAUUUAUUAAUUAUCAGGUGCAUUCAGGAGCCUUGCUUUCUUGUUUAAGUGUAGAGCUAAUGAAGUCUAUUCUAUAGUUUUUCAUAGUGGUGACUAUCUUCCUGAUAUAACUAAGUUAUUUAUAAGUGCUAUUGCUAAUUCAUUUAUUUAAGAUGCACUUAAAUAACAAGUAUGAGAUUCAGCAUCAGGCUGCCAUUCAGGAAAGCUGACAGAAUUUGCAACUGUCUUUGAAGAAUGCAUUUUUUUAAAAAAAUUUCUUAAUAAACAGAUUUUCCAGAAAUUGAAUAAAAAGAUGGUUACCAGAUUAAUUUACUAGCUGGAUUUCCCAACCACCUAGAUGUUCAGUUCAGUCCAAGUAUGGUUCCAGGGUAUGGCAGCCUGCCCGGAUUGGUAUUUAACAGUUGGCUACAUUUCAGUCCUUUUUUUUUAACUCUCAAUGUUCAAGGUUUAACUUAAUUUAUACUGUGAGAUGCAAGCUUGGGAAAUCCAUGGGUCUGGAUUUAAUAAACUAAGAUGGAAUUCAGCUGUGUGGCUAUGGACAGCUAAUGUUGAGUGGAUCUUUUUCUCGUAACUUGGUUGACCUACACAGAGCACGCAUUUCCCAUUUGUUUGAAGGCUGCUUAAAUGGUAGAGCUCAGAAAAGAAAAACAAAAAAAGAUGCAUUCCAGCUCUCAUCCAAGUGGGGCAAGAUACUAUGUUACCUGACUGCAUCUAGCGUGGUGAAUAACAGUGUGUGAUAGGCAUUUGGUCACUGUCUACUAAAGGAAUAAAAACACAGUUGGUGGAUAUGUUUCUGAAAAUUAUAGUAACCUAAAGAAAAAAGUUUCGCCAUCCAUUUCAGUCCUUCAUUCUAUCAACAACUACUUCAUUGAGCAUCUACUAAGUACAGGCACUCUGCUAUUUCUGAAGGCAGAAAAAUACAAAGAUGAGAAAUACGCAGUCACUGUUUCUCAGGGUCUCCCAGUCUAGUGGAGGAGACAGACUUGCAGCUUAGCAGAAGACACAUCCUUGAGGACCCUAAGGGACAUGCAUCCAAUGAGCUACUGACACACUCAUUAGGGGCCAUGUGACUAGCACCAUCUCCAGUGUCAUACAGUGCAUCUCUGUUCCGUUUCAUCAGUGAAGCCUGGCAGGCUGUAUUAUACAGACUUCCUGGAACUGCUGGAGGUAACAUGUAUUUUUACAGUCAUGUUCACAAGCUGAUUACAUGCUAAGUGCAAUUACAAAGGUCAAUUUAAUAAAUUUUCAUUAAAAAAGUACACACAGUAUCUGAUACAUCUAAGAUGCUCCAAGAAUAUUUGUUGAAUGAAUGAACGAAUGGAAAUCCUAAUAUGUGUAAGAUACUAUGCUAAGUGUCCCAGGAGACCAGAUAAACAGGUAGUCCUCUGUCCUUCAGCAAAGACAAAACUUAAGUACAUAAAUAAUAGUACCCCAAAUCUAAACAAAAAUUAUUGCCAUAAAAUAAAGGCAAAGUAUUUUGUUUGAAAAUAUAUAUAUUACUAGAUUUUUUUACAAUCACGUGAUGAAGUAGAUGUCAAUCCCAUUUUUCAGAGGACAAAGCUAAAAUUCUUCAGGAGGUAAGAGUAAGAAGAUGGGGUUGCUGAGGGCUUUCUUCCUCGGCUCUAACUACAGAGCUGACCAGUGCCAAGUUUCCCACCAGAUACCUGCUGAGGCAACUGCCUGCCUUAACCCUGCUGAUUUCCUGGUUGCUGGAAGUAGGAGGCUGGUGGUGAGUAUUCACUGGUAUGGAGACGGGGUUGAGGGAGGUUCUAGGGCUGGGGUGACGGAGUGGCUCUGCUAUAAAAUCAAACACAAAAACCCACGGCCGUCAAGACGGUUCUGACUCGCAGUGAUCCUGUAGAACGGAGUAGACCUGCCCCAUAGGUUUCCAAGGAGCGGCUGGUAGAUUAGAACUGCCGAUCUUCGGGGUUAGAAGUCUGUCUCUUAGCCACUGUGCUACCAGGGCUCUAGAACCCACCGGAAGUAGGUAUCAAAUCCUAAAAACAUGUCUUGGAAUUAAAUAGUUUUAAUUGUUGCCCGUUAAAAUUUCCUGGAGUUCUUAGUUCUGCUGCUUCGCAACAAAGGAGCCACAUGUGAAAGCAGGUAAAUUUAAAUGAGUCAUUGCUAGGUUUACCUCAGGAUUUGAUUCCGGGCCAGAUGGCUAUGCAUCUGGGCACAUUUGGAGAAAAGUCAGCCUAAUGAGGUAACUGGGAUUCUGUGACCUGGCUGUAGUAAUGACACUGAUGAUGAGGACCACAAGAGCAGCUAACCCUUUUUAAUGCUUCUGAUAUUCCAGGCACAGUUCUAGUUUUAGUGACUUUUCAUACAUUAACUCUUUUAGUUCUUACAUCAACCCUAUGUGAUAGAUUAAUAAUUCCCAUUUUACGGAUGAGAAAACAGAGGUUAGGUAUCUUGCACAAGGCCAUCCAGCUAGCUCUAAGUCAGCAAAGCCAUUAUUUACAGCUGGCUUCAGAGGCUAGUUAGCCAUUAAACCAUGCUGCCUCUCGCCUGUGUGUUAUUUCUGAUUUCUGUGUGUGUUAACACAGAAAUACAGGAGAAAUAUAGGAAAAUGGUGGCAUAUGUCCUCAUGUGUUUUCAAGUUCAGGAUUAUGGCGGGCAAACCCAUGAGGCUCAGACAAGUUUUUACCUGAGAGUAUGCUUUCUCCAGGGAGGUUUUCUUUUGCUUCUGCUACUGCUGUUACCAAUGGAAGGCCACAUCUUACAUUCUUAUUUUGGUUUGGUAUUACCCACAGUCGUGUGUAUAUUUUAAAUAUGAACCCAAAAGCAAUGAGGACAGAUGAUCUUUGCGAAUCUCAGGGAAGAUAUUUUUCCCUACUAGCACAGGCCAAACUAGACGUGCUUUCUCUUAAUCUCCAUUAAUCUGUCAGUGAUUUUUUCCCCAGUCCUUCUUUAUACAGAUGUGUGUUCCUUUGCAGGCUCUACCUUAUGGGAGGUCUCAGCUUCAGUACUCCUUCUUGCUUAGGCCCUCACCACUCGCCUUUCCUUGGUUGGUGGAAUCAGACUGAUUCCCUUGCUGAGGGCAAUUGGCAACUCCCUGCCUCAUGGAAGCCAGAGGAAGUCUGCCUCUGUGUGAUGUUCAGAGUGUUCCUUUCUUUUUUUCUUUCUUUUUAAUCUUACUUUCCCAGGAGCUAAACUUUUCAUUUAAACAGCUUAUACUUUAGUGAGACUCCCUAGGUGUCUUAUAACAAGGGGGUUUCAAGGUUGUCUAGUUUCCAGCGUUGCCAGAAGUGCAUGUGUGACGUAUUUGUUGGAACAGCACAUGAGUUUUAGGAUGAAAUAUUCAAGACAACAUGAUUUAACAUUAAAAAAAAAAAAAAAAAAAGCCUGUUGCCAUGGAGUCAAUUUCACCUCAUUGGAGAGACCCCAUGUGUUACAGAGUAGAACUGCCCUAUAGGGUUCUUUAUGGAAGCAGAUCACCAGGCCUAUCUUCCGAGGUGCUGCUCGGGGAGUUUGAACUGCCAAACUUUAGUAGUAGAGCGCCAAUCGUUUGCACUACCCACGGACCUUAAACAAAUAUAGCAGUUAAAAUGAUUUUAAAUUUGCCAAUUAUUGCUAGAUUUUGGGCGUAAUUUGCAACUAAAUACGUUGUUUUCUAUUUGAGAUGACAUACGCUGUGUCUUAUAUCGCAUCAAGAACUUCGGAUUCUCUGAAAAUGCGUUCAGUGUUUCUAAUACCGUGUUGUCAGAUGAAAGAUACUCAUUUAAUAUGGUGCUGGCAGCUGUUCUUCAAUUCAGGCGUACAUCAAUAUAUUUUGGGAAAUUACAGAAACAAUCUUUUCCUUGAAAAGUUUUGUAAACAUGUUUGCUCAAACUGUCUUAGCCAAAAAUCACUGAACAUAAUUUGAGUUUUAAUGUUUUCAAUGUUAACAGACAUAAGUAAAUAAAGUUAGAAAUUAGACAGUUUUUAGGAACUCUUGAUUAUGCAGGGAUUGGCAGAGGAAAAGUGCAAGAGAGGUCAUUAGAAAAAAAAAAAAUCUGCGUUUUUUUUUUCCUCCACGUCAGAAAGCUGAAUAAAAGUCUCCAGUAGGGGGCAGCACCAGCUCAUGGAUUUGCCAUUUUCACUGCUCGCUUUCUGUGAGUGACACCAAUUGACAGAUACAGGAGGAAGACACAAAUCUUUUUUACCCUGGUCAGGCUGUUUUGAGGAUUUGGCUAUGUUCUCCUGCAGCAACGGGUGUAUAGAAUGGUGCAGAAUCACUUACCCUCACUAUCUCAGGUGGAGCUGAAAAAUCAGAGGGUGCCCCGGUGAGGUUUGCCCAUGCAAAACUUGACUAUAAAUAGGAAGGAGUCUUCUUAAUACAAGGAGCCCUGGUGGCACAGUGGUUAAGCUGCUAACCAAAAGAUCGGUAGUUCAAAUUCACCAGUUGUUCUGAGGGAGAAAGGUGUGGAAGUCUGCUUCCAUAAAGAUUUACCACCUUGGAAACCCUGCGGGACAGUUAUACUCUGUCCUGGAGGAUCGCUAGUGAGAUGGAAAUCAACUCGACGGCAACAAGUUUUUAUCCUUCAUGUGGGUAAUUCCUGACCGUUCAAUUCUCUCCUCUCUCGAUUCUCAAAUGAACCAAGUCUUCUGCCCAUUUUCCCAAAAUGUAAAAGAACUCCAAAGCAGUGUGAUCCGAACUUGUUUCAAUAAAGGAAUAGAUGCAGAGUUGUUUUCUACUUGAGUGGUGUAAGACAACGAUGAAGAGACUCCACUAUUUAAAACUCGUCUACCUGAAUCCAGUAGGAUUUUCAGGCUUCCAGAUUUUUCCAAUAAAAUACAAACUACUCCCAGUACAGAAUGCAUUGUCACAUCACAAACAAAUUCCUGCAGAGGUGAGUGAGAUAGACUGACAGGGUAGGCUAGGUUAUGCUGUGGUGACAAGUAACCCCAGUCUUGUGGCUUAAAGGAAAUCUUAACCCCUAUAACUGCAGUUAUGAUCCCAUUUGGAAGUGGGUUUCCUUUCUUAUAUUAAUGAGACAGGAUUAGUGUAGGGUGUGUCUUAAGUCAAUCUCUUUUGAGACAUAAAAAAGAUUAACAAGCAAGCAAGAAAAGCAGAGAUGAGGGAAGAGAAAUGUUAAGUCACAUAAAGAUCACCCAGGAACAGAAGUUCAAGGAGAUGAGAGCCUUCUUCCAGAGCAGCCAGGGAGAGAAAACCUUCCCUUAGAUCUAGCACCCUGAAUUCAGGCUUCUAGCCUCCUAAACGGUGAGAAAAUAAAUUUGUUUGCCAUAGCCAACUACUUUUGAUUGUAAUAGCAGCACUAGAUAACUAAGACACUGACACGCUUGGGGUCACCAGGAGUCGGAAUUGACUUGAUGGCAACUGGCUAGGUGUUUGGGGUUGGCUCCUCCUGGUUGCACAUUAGAGCCACGUGGAAUACUUUGAAAACUCCCCAGGCCCUGGCCUAAUCCCACAGGAGCUGCAUCAGAAUCUGGAGUUCCUCAGGGGAUGGCAACGUGUGGCAAGGCCAGGAACAGCUGCUGCUGCCCGAAGGUCUCCAGGAUGGUUCCUCUGAUUUGCAUGUAACCUGGUGGAAUAAACGUCCUUGCUUUCAUCCAUGUCUCAGCCAGAUGAAUAGUGUUGCUAGAUGAAAUACAGGACAGCCAGGUAAAUUUGAAUUUCACGUAUACUUUCUUAGUAAACGCAUGUCCCACGUAAUAUUUGAAAUUUACUUAUACAAAAGAGUUAUUCAUUGCUUAUCCCAAAUGCAAAUUUAAUUGAGCUUAUCCUGUAUUUGUGAAAUUUGACAGCCCUACAAACAAAGUGCAAAUGGUACUCCAAAAAUCACUGAGUAGUGUAUAUCUUCAUGUAUGUAAAGAUUCCUGGUAGUACAAAUGGUUUGUGCUCAACUAUUAACCUAAGGGUUGGAGGUCUGAACCUACCCAGCCGUACCACAGAAGAAAGGCCUGGCAAUCUGCUUUCAUAAAGAUUACAGCUAAGACAAUCUUAUGGAGCAAUUCUACUUUUUAACACAUGGGGUUGCCAUGAGUCAGAAUCCGCUGGACAAGCUAUGGUUUGGUUUUGUUGUUUGUUUCACUAUGUAAAAGAGCUUUUCAGGAGACUGAUUACUUGAGGAGGAUGCAAAAAGAGAUCCCCGUGCUAAUGGCCACUUGUUAUUGGGUGUCCUUGAGUUGAUUCCAACUCAUAGCAAUCCUAUAUGACAGAGUAGAACUGCUCCUUAGGGUUUCCUAAGCUGUAAUCUUUACGAGAGCGGAUCACAAGGUCUUUUCGCCCAAGGAGCUACUGGUGGGUUCGAACCUCUGACCUUUUGAUUGGCAGCCAAGAGCUUAACUUUUGCACCACCAGUGCCUAGCAAAGCAUCCUAAAAGGCUAUGUUCAUUUCUCUUCCCUGAGAGUCCUAGGCUUUAUAACAGCCAACUUAGCUUCUUUGUUGGAUUCCACCAUCCAGCUGUCCAAAACUCCUCUCUUAUUCUACCCCACCUUCAUAGUUUCCUCCUUUUGACCAAUGAAGCCUACUUUCAGUUUUUAUUGAACCACACAGAAACAGUUCUAAUCUAAGAAAACACACAGAUGGGCUGGUCAAGGGGUGUGUGUGUGUGUGUACUGUUAUGACUCUUGCUCCAUGUAUCAUCCCACUUUUAUUCAUGUGGGAAUCUAGUCAUCAAGGUAGAGCCAACCAGUGUUAAACUAGGCUUUUUGGAAAAUUUGUCUCCUGAAUGCUGCUUUCAGUGUCCAUUUCAAACCUAAGCCACAGGGGCUCCUUCUGUAAACAGUCUAUUGAAGAGAAAGAAGGACUUUUAUCUCUGCCAACUUGUAAACUCCAUUUUCUAGAUUCCUCCAUUAACCACACAAAUUGCCACCAUUGAUAACAAAUAUACAACAAAAGGACAUCAGACCCUUGAAUUGUAACAGUGUCUAAUGUUCAUUUGGGAGUGGGGAAGCAGCUAUCCCAUAAGUAUUGGGUGCUUUCUGCAGAGACGUUGUGAUGUGUAACUGAGUGCAUUAGACUCUCUGGGGCCAGACAUUGAUUUGAGUCCAGCAAUGGGCUUUGCAAACCGAGUGAUCUUAGGCUAGAGAUGAUGCUCAGUGCUGCUCCACUUUUUGACCUGUGAAAUUAAACUCAAGAUGCCUGCCUUAUUUUCAUCGCUGUGUUACUGUGGUAAUUAGAAUGCGAUAAUAUAUGUGAAGAAGACUGAACCAUGCAAAUACUAGCAUUUAUAUUAGGUGAAAGAAAAGAAGGAAGAGCAGGAACAGAACUUGUUUUGCUCUAUACAAGAAAGCUUACAGGCUCUUCUGUAGUCCCUUAUGAGCUAUCAAAGUAAACUGACCCCAAAAUACCCUCAAGGGAUAAAAGAAAUGUCUGGUUAGAAGGCCAACUGUAAGCACUGAUUUUUAAGGAGGAGAAAAAAAAAGAUAAGUGCCAAGCCAUAAAACUUACCCUUUUUGUGGCUCCUGGCAUCAUAACUGGGGAUUGUGGAUUUGUUAAAUACUCAUGUUCCCUGCCCUUGGUUAGAUGGAAGCAUUAAGUCAUCAGAAAUGAAGGCUGAGUCACAAACUUAUGCAAAGAUCCCAAAGCCUGAGUGGCAAAGUAAUGAAAUGGAAACAAUGUGUAUGGAUGCCAUGUGUCCAUAUGUCUCUAUCAGCUAAUUUAAGGCAGACCUUCCAACUGGUUCAUUCCAGCUUGAACCCCUGAGAGAAUUUGCAUUUCCACCCCAGAUAUACUGAAUCAGAAUCUACCUGGGGAUCUUGAUAAAAUUCUUAUGUAUAAAAAUUUUUAUGUAUACGUAAGAAUCACCUGGGGAUCUCCUUAAAAUGUAGAUUCUGAUUCAGUACAUCUGGAGAAGAAAUGCAAAUUCUCAGAAGUGGUUUGAACCAGAAUGAAUGGUUUGAAGCCCUGGUUUAAAGUCCCCCUUAGGGGUGGGGAUCUCCUAAGGUGUCUAUUGUUCAUAAAGUUUGGACAUAAUUUUUUGAAAAUAUCACCCCAAACUACAAAAUUGAGGUUGUGCUAAAAACUUAAGGUCUCAUUUGAAUCACUCACCACAUUCAUUCCUUUAUCUAGAGUCUACCAUCAAAGAGGAGUUACCAGAUCAAGUCACUCUGGAUCCUAAAACCCUCCUCCCUUGGCUUUCCAUUGCCUGCGAGUCUAAAGCAAGCUCUGUCUCCACUCAGGGUCCUAUAUCUUUUGUCCCAGAUUUUAAGAUAGUUAACACCUUCUCUUCUUACGGCGCUUUCUCAGAAAGGCCAGGCCAGUCUGUCUAAAAUAUUUUCACUUCCCCGGGCCAUUCUCCACUUCUUCUCAGCACUUGCCACCAUCAGAAAUACCAUCGGUUUAUUUUUUCACAGUAAGUUCUGAGAAGGCAGGGUUCUUGUGUAUCAUGUUUACCACUCUAUCCACACAACCCACAGCAGUGACUAACAGGAAACAGAGACCAAAUGAAUGUUGAGUAAAUGCCAUUGAAUACAUACAAAAUAGCCCCUAGAGAGAGAAAUUCAAAAGAAUUUCAAAGGACAUGGAUAAGAAUAACGUCAUUAGAAUGAUUGUGUCCUGUGUCUAGUCAUCAUGACUCCCUGGAAGGAGACACAGCAUGUUUGGAACCAUCCACUGGCCAUAAGAAACCUUUUAUUUACCAAUCUUCUACAUUAUAUAUUCAGCUUGACUCCCUGUUGUGUUCUUCUAAAUCUUUUAGGAAGAGACAUUUGAUUUCUGUCCUGGGAUAAAACCUGGGAAUCUUUUUUCUCCUCAUCUGUUUUGUCUCCGGAGCCCUCUUGGUUAGUUCCCAUGAGGUGGCUGGGGUUAGGGAGAUGGACUCUAAAAGACAGGAUGUGCCAAGAGCAGGGACGGAUUAUCCCAUAAGCAAGGUAUGCACAGGCUUACUCGUGCUUACUUACUAAUCUGUAAUGCACAAUUUCACCUGGCAAUCUUCUCCUGUAAAGAUUUACAGCCUGUCCUACAGGGUUGCUAUGAGUCAAAAUCAACUUGGCCGCACACAACAACAACAACAUAUCAGCUGGCAUUCCCAAAGUUCAUUUUGGUCUGGUUAUCUCAUCUAGCUAUGCCUUUUAUUAUCGGCUCUCUUUUAAUUAUCCUUUUAGAGAGAGGAUUCUAAAGGCAGGAAAAACAUCAGAUUGUAAUUUGGACUCAGGAAAAACUGAUUAUCUGUUGGUUGUAAGAAAUUAUAUGAUUUGAGAAACAGUUUUUGUUAAAACUACUACUGAAUUUCAGUUAAAUUUUUAGAUUUAAUGCUCAACACAUUUUAUGUUUAAAAUAUUUUAAAUGCACUCUAAAGGUUCCUGAAUACACAAAUGCAGUUAUAAAUUAUCCGCUGUCUAGGAAACUGGUUAGGCGUAUAGUUUUACACAAGUGAGUCUCAAGGUGUGGUGAUGCCGGUAUAGUAGGCCUGUACAUGUGUAAUUUGUCAUCUGGCUCCAUCCAUCACAAGAACAGCCAAGUAAACAGUUGCACCUCCAACUAGAGUUUCUACAGCUCUCGCUGUGUGGAGACUCCUAACCAAGACUUACGUAUUCACGAUGGCCCCAGGAACUGUAAAAGAUCUGAUCUUUAAGCUAUGGGGAUUUUAAAGAAUUGAAGCCGCCAUAUUGUUUCUUUAUGAGAAAUGUUUGAAAAUAUUUAAAUUAUUUCAUAAGGAAGCUUUUACAUUUUACUUUAUAUAAAAUUUUAAAUUUCAGUAGUCUUAAGAAUAAAACACUCAACUCAUUCACUCAAAAGAAUUUGCCUUCUAGCUUUUGUUGGUAUAAAAUUUAAUUAUUUGAACACGCAGCCACAAAAUCUUUUGCUUCUAAGUCAAAGAGAAACCCUCCAGACUGUAUGCUCUGUAUUUUCUGCAAGUUUUCUGGGGAAUACAUGCACAAAAUAUCUUAACUAUGAGUAGAUAUUUGCAUACCAUAAAGCACUUUUUCGUAAAGAAGUUAUUGCAAAAUUAAAUAAGUAUGGAUUAUUUUCCCCUUGGAAAAUUAAGGAAUCACUGCCUCAAAAUUGAAUGGGAAACUUUCAUUGAAAAAAAAUGCCACAUGGUAAUGCUUUAUUUGCUGAGUUCGAUGCUGAGUAUAUGAAUAUUCGUUGUAUUAUUCUUUAUGUUUUUAAGCAUCGCACAUAAAAUUUAUUUACAAUAAAGUUUCGAGAAAGCUAUAUAACAAUACUUAUAUAAUUAAAUAAUAAACUCACUGCUGUCAAGUUGAUUCCGUCUCGUAGCAACCCUGUAGGACAGUGUGGAGUGCUCCAUAGGGUUUCCAAGGAGCAGCUGGUGGGUUCCAACUGCCGAGUUUCUGUGGUUAGCCUGAGCUCUUAACCACUGCACCACCAGAGCUCCAUAUAAUUAAAUAGCUGCUUCUAAAUGUACGUAGAUAGUGUGUAUUGAACUACUAUCCCAUCCCAGGGACAGCUGGACCUUUUUAGUGCCCACCCAACGAAAGGUUACAGCAACUACUGAGAGGAAAAAAAAAAUCUCAAGAAUGGUAUAGUGGAAACAAACAAAAUCUUAUUUUAAUUCUAUUCACUUUAUGAGUUUGAACUGUCUUGGACUUUAUCUAAAAAGUGGUAUCCCCUGCAAUCAAUUCUCCAUGCAGUAGUUGGAAUGAUACUUUGCAAAGGAAAAUCUGAUCUUGUUUCAAACUCUUCUGUGGCUUCUGACUGACAUUGGUAUACAGGCCAGAUCUUCACCCCAGCCUUCAAUUCCCUGCUCUGCUCAUCUCCUCCCCACCAACUCCCAGCCCCUGGUCACUUAUCUACUCCCAUCUCCUGACUCACCUCCCUUGCUCACAGUGGGACAGCAACUUGGGUUGUUCUUCUACCUUAUCACAUUCAAACUUGUUAGUUCUCCUGCCCAGAACUCUCUCUCCUUUGUCUAGUGAAAUCCUACUCACUUUUCAGGUCUUUGUUGAGGUAUUUUCUCACCCAAGCCUUCCCGGGUCAGAUUAGCCCUCCAUACCUGCCCACCUCGGGGCACUUUGUGAUCCCCACUUUUAUGACAUGCACCUUGCUUAUGUUUUUUUUUUUUUCAGCCUUUG